AUGGCCGUCCCUGCCGAUCUCGACCCUGCAUCGCUGAACACGAUGAUUGCUUUUGCGACUGGCGGUCUCCUCGGCGAUGUAUUCCUGCACCUCGUCCCCCAUGUCUUUUUCGGCGAGGGUGAGCAUGGCGACCGCACCGUUGUUGUCGACGAGAAGCGCAACAUUGUCAUUGGCGGUGCCAUCUUCGCUGGUUUCGCUGCCUUCUUCGUCCUGGACAAGACGAUGCGUGUUCUGAAUGCGCAGGCGGGCAACGAGGGUGGUCACCACCACCACGGACACGGCCACAGCCACGGCGCUGUCGAGGGCAACUCGACGGCUGUUAAGAAGUCGGAGAGCGAGCUUCGCAAGCGCAAGGUCAAGGGCGAAGACGGCAUCGAGGUCGAGGUCGUCACCGAGAAGGAGGAGAAGGAGGUCAACCCCUCGCUCAAGCUCUCGGCGUACCUCAACCUGUUCGGCGACUUCACGCACAACAUCACGGACGGCCUUGCCAUGGCCGCGUCGUUCUAUUCGAGCCCGCAGCUCGGCGCCGUUACCACCAUCGCGACCUUCUGCCACGAGAUCCCCCACGAGUCCGGCUUCACCAAGUACCAGGCGAUGGGCUCGCAGUUCUUCACUGCUGUCGGCGCGUUUGUUGGCACCUUCCUCGGCAUCUGGAUUGCGGAGACGACGGGUGCCGGCAACCCCGAUGCCCCCGUUGCCCCUGGCCAGGGCAUCUUUGGCACGAGCGUCGGCCCCGGCGAGCUCGUCAUCCCUAUGACUGCCGGCGGCUUCCUCUACAUCGCCAGUGUCAGCGUGAUCCCCGAUCUGCUCGAGGAGUCGCGGAGCAUGAAGCAGGCGUUCAAGGAGUACGGAGCAAUGGCGUUCGGACUGUUCUGCAUGGCUGUCAUCGCUUGGAACGAGUAA